AUGGAGACGCCGAGCGUGCGGUCGGCGGUCGAGAACGAUGGGCGAACGCGCGAAACGGACGACGGAGGGUUGACGAUGGAAGAACGCGCCAAGUUGACCGUGCUCGCGGCGAAGAGCGCGAUCUCGAGAAGGAAGACGCUGUGGAUCGGGGACCUGGCGUAUUGGAUGGAUGAGGCGUACGUGUACUACGCUUUUUCGAGCGUGUGGAAAUCUCUCGCGCACGUCAAGCUCAUUCGAAACCGAGCGACCGGCCUGAGCGAGGGAUACGGCUUCAUCGAGUUCAACUCUCGCGAUGAGGCUGAAUUCGCUCUCAAAACUUUUGUCGGGCAGCCAAUGCCGGGAACGCUGCACGGGUACACGCUGAACUGGGCCGUGCCGAAGUCCGGGGCGUCUGCUCAAACAUCCGACGAGUUCGAACGACAAGUAAACGAGAUGAUGACGACGAAAGAAGAUGCAGUCAAAAUGUAUUCCGCGCCGACAACGCCAAAGCAAAGCGAAGGAAGCUCUCGCUCCGUGCUGGCUCCGAGAAGCGAGUCUGGCAGUUCUGAAGGCUCCCCAGAAAUUGAGGCUGAUAUGGAAGAUGAAGCCGACAUACAAGAUGAAACCGAUAUCGUGGACGAUGGAAACGUACAAACUGCGGAUUACAGCGUUUUCGUAGGCGAUCUUGGCUCCGAUGUGAACGAGACUAUUCUAUGCGAGCACUUCAAAUCAAAGUGCUCUACUGCACACAACGCUCGGGUUGUCGUUGAUCUCAAGACGUUCCGACCGAAGGGCUACGGCUUCGUUGACUUCAAAACAGAGAAAGACUACAUGACCGCUCUAUCGGCGUUUCAAGGCUCGCGAUGUGGCUCAUCUGAUCGUCAAAUGCGUGUCUGCAACGCGUUCGAACGCAAGCCAGAGCCCGUCAUCGACGUUACGAAGUUCCACGACUUUGAGGAUAUGGAUCCACAAAAUACGACAAUAUUUAUAGGUAAUCUCGACCAUAACGUCACGGAAGAACAUUUACGGGUGGUCUUUGAAGAGUUCGGUGAAAUUGCUUACGCCAAGGCGACCCCGAAGAAGGGCUGCGGGUUCGUGCACUUUUUUGACCGUCAAGAUGCGACUGAAGCAAUUGAGAACUUACACGGGAGUAUGAUAGGCUCCAAGCGGGUCAGAUUGAGCUGGGGGCGACACAAUGCGACCAAAUGUGCGAUCGCAUCGAUGUACCAACAGCAAUAUCCGCCCGUCCAAUCGGGGAUGUACAUGGGCGGCGUCAUGCCGCCGAUGGUGCCCGGGAUGGUCAUGCCCAUGACGAGCGCGGCGAGCGUUUGGUCCAUGUACGGUGGAAGCAUGUACGGCGGCAUGAUGUCGGCCGUCAUGCCCCCCCAGCAUGGUCCAGGUCCUAUGCCUCCACCUGAUAUGCCUCUACCGAACUGA